AUGGAUAAUUUCAACAAGAGUGGGUUUCUUCUCUUGGGAUUUUCUGACAAACCUGAACAAGAACUCUUUUAUGCUUCUUUGUUCUUGGUCUUAUACGUGUUGGCUUUAACUGGCAACAUGCUCAUCAUCACCACAACUGCCCUGGAUGACAGUCUCCAGUCCCCCAUGUAUUUCUUCCUGAAGCAUCUCUCCUUGUUGGAUCUCUGCUUUAUUUCCGUGACUGUGCCGAGAUUCAUUUACAACUCUUUCAAACAAAGUGGAAUUAUUUCUCUCGGGGAAUGCAUAGUGCAGUGCUUUGUUUUCAUUACCUGUAUUUCUGCUGAGAUGGCCAUGCUCACGUUGAUGUCCUAUGACCGCUACGUGGCCAUUUGCCUUCCCCUGCACUAUGAAAUCAUCGUGAAUGUCAGAACCUGUGUCCAUGGGGUCGCCGGCGUCUGGGUGAGUGGGGCCAUCUCUGGAGUCAUGCACACGGCAGGUACUUUCUCCAUCCACUUGUGUGGCCCCCGCAUCAUUCACCAGUUCUUCUGUGAUAUCCCCCAGAUCCUGAAACUCUCCUGCUCUAGUGACUUUAUGAGUGAAGUAGGUGUCACUGUCUUUACGGCUUUGCUGUCCUUUCUUUGUUUCCUGUUUAUUGGGUUCUCCUACGUGCACAUCUUCUCUUCCGUGCUGAAGAUGCCGUCUGCGGAGGGCAGAGCCAAGGCCUUUUCCACUUGCCUCCCCCACCUCGCUGUUGUCAUAUUGUUUCUUUUUACUGGUGCUGUCGAGUUUUUCAAGCCUCACUCUGAAUCUCCAACUGCUUUGGACCUGUUACUCACUCUUAUGUAUACGGUAGUUCCCCCAACUUUGAAUCCAGUGAUCUAUAGCCUAAGAAACAAAGCCCUAAAGUUAGCUCUGAAAAAGGUUUUUCAAAGAAGAAAAGAAGCACUUACUUCCAUUCUUUCCCUAUUGGGCGAUAAGUUCAAUAUAUAA